GUUACUGCACAUUCACAAGACGUGUGUGUGUGUCUGUAUCUGUGUGUGUGUCUGUGUGUGAAUGACUGCGUGUGUUUUCUAGUCUGUCCAUUCCUCUCUCUGCGGCUCUUCUGCACACACAAACCGACUUUUUUAAUCGGAUAUACUCGUUUUUGUUCGACUUUGACGCUGUUUUUUUGUGGAGUUUAUUCAUUCCGGGGGGAAAAAGUCGAAGAGGAGAUAAAAAGAAAGGAGGAAAGCAGAGAAGGAGAGUAAAGAGACAAACCUGGAGGUGAAGGAGAAGGAGAAGAAGAAGAAGGGCGUUCAUACUCACAAGUAACCAUGGAAGUUCCUGGUAUGCAGGUAAGUGGAAAGGUGGACGCCGUGCUGCAUUUAAAGGCUCUCUCGGUGUUUUUAAGUCGUUUUAAAGCAGAAAUAACCAAGUAAAGUCACAUUUUAGGGAACAGUGUGACACUUGAGGCCGUUUCCUUCAUGUUUUGAAUUUACUACCUGUUGGCAGAGUUGACUGUGUUUCCUCCUGAGCUCAUUAUUCACACUCACCGUCUCCACUUUUCGCUCCCAGCUUCAAGAAACGACGUUUAACAGCUGUUUUCUGACCAUAAAGUUGACUUUUAGACAAAUAUUUACAAUCUUUAGUUCGUUAUGUUCGAUUAUAAGCAAGUUUUGGACCCUGUUUUUAGUUAACAGUGGGUUUAAGGUGAAACUAUCUCUUGAAUCUGUUAAAAUAUCGUCUAGAACUCUCCAAACUGAGAAUGUUAGGAUAUAUUGUGUUGGCAGCUCUUCUUAAACAUCUCAUAAUAUCAUAAAAGGACUUAAAUUAGACUUGAUAAACAUCUAUCAUUACAAUUAAACAAUAAAAUGUAAGAGUUGACCAAUUGUGACUCUGCAAUUCAAGCUCCUAUGUGUUAAAAUCAACAAAAACUAUCCUAAAACAGACUUAAAUGUGAUUUUAAAGACAGAAUCUUGUUUUUAUCCCUUAAAAUGACCAUAAUAUAUUCAUAAAGGUGCAUUCAAUGGGACUAUUCAUGUCAUCAUUCAUGUUGUUAUGGUCCAAACACUUGUAGAUUUUAAACAUAUCCGUUUAAAACUUCCAUUAAAUCCAUCUACAGAGAGGUUUUAAGUCAUUUUAGUAGCUGAAACCCUCUCAAACAUCUAUGACAUUUCUUCAGUGGCUUAAAUUAGACUUGAUAAACAUCUAUCAUUUGAAUUUAACAAUAAAAUGUAAGAGAUGACCAAUUGUGACUCAGCAAUUAGAACACCCAUGGUAUUAAAAUACACAAAAACUUUACUUAAACGUGUAUUUAAAGACUUUUAUGUGAUUUUUAAAGACAAAAUCUUGUUUCUAUCCCUUAAUAUAUCCCUAAUAUUUUCAUAAAGGUGCAUUUAAUGGGAUCGUUCAUGUCAUGUCUUCUAGAUUGUAUACGUUUAAAACUUCCAUUAAAUCCAUCUAUAGAGAGGUUUUAAGUCAUUUUAGUGGCUGAAACCCUCUCAAACACCUAUGAUGUUUCUUCAGUAUCUUAAAUUAGACUUAAUAAACAUCUAUCAUUAAAAUUUUACAGUGGAAUGUAAGAGUUGACCAACUGUGACCCAACAAUCUGAGCUUUUAUGGUGUGAAAAUACACAAAAACUAAACUUAAAAGACUUUUAUGUGAUUUUAAAGACAAAAUCUUGUUUUGAUCCUUAAGAUUCCCCUUAUAUAUUCAUUAAGUUGCUUUCAAUGGGACUUUACCACUACAUUACAUUCAUGUCGUCUUUGUCAUAGUUCAAAAUCUAGUAGAUUUUAAAAAUAUACGUUUAAAACUUCCAUUAGAUCCAUCUAUAGAGAGGUUUUAAGUCAUUUUAGUGGCUGAAACCCUCUCAGACACCUAUGAUGUUUCUUUAGUGUCUUAAAUUAGACUUAAUAAACCUUGUGUCAUUAAAAUUUUACAAUGGAAUGUAAGAGUUGACGAAUAGUGACUCAGCAAUUCAAGCUCCUAUAGUGUUAAAAUAUCCAAAAACUACACUUAAGCGUGUAUUUGAAGACUUAUGUGAUUUUAAAGACAAAAUCUUGUUUUUAUCCCUUGAAAUGCCCCUAAAAUAUUCGAAAAAAUGUAUUCAAUGGGACUGUACCACUACAUUAAAUUCAUGUCGUCUUUGUUAUAGUCCAAAAUCUUGUAGAUUUUAAACAUACCUGUUUAAAACUUCCAUUAAAUCCAUCUAUAGGGAGAUUUUAAGUCAUUUUAGUUUUCAUUUUAGUGGCUGAAACCCUUUUAAACACCUAGAAUGUUUGUUUCGGUGUCUUAAAAUGUGAUUUAACUUCAUAAAACUGAAUUUUUUUAGAUAAUAUGUCAUUUAUUUGUAUUUGGAUGUCCUCAUAAUCCAAACAGAGUGGAUUUAAACAUAAAUUUGCUUCUUUUCACUGAGUAGAAAGUGAUUUUAUGAUGGUUUUAAAGAGCUGGACUGAGAUGAUCUUUAAACUCUUCUUGUAUUGUUUUUAACUCUUUUAACUGCACAUACUAUACUACUAUAGUGACUUGUCCUGUUUUAGACAAUCACAAUAACUUAAUGUCAUUAGUUAGCCUCUGUUGUUGUCGUCGUCUUGAGUGAUCACACAUUGAUUUAAAGAGAGCUGGUCGUCCACGCUGACCUUUAGUUACCUAUAGCAGCUUUAAAGUCCGUGUUUUAUCUCUGUUGAGACCUUCUCUGCCUUGUUGCAUAACUUACAUUCAUGUGCUCUUCCCACAGUGACUCACUGUGUCUUUUUUCGAACCUUAUUUAUAGCUCAGGAUCUGCUUUAUAGGGUCAUAAUUGAGCUGCGAUCCCAAGUCCGAGGUGUGUCUGAUCCUCGUGGAUCUGCUUCUGUGACCUAUUUUGACUCUUGAUGGUUUUUGUUGUCGUUCUAAGUGGGUCACUCUGGGAUGUUUGUUCUCUUAUAUUAGAUUUGUGUGUUUUUGUUGGUGGUUGAAGCUAACACAACAGACUGAGUGUGUUUGUGCUGCUCACAAAAAAGAGAAGAAAAAAAAAAGGCGUGUAAGGCGAGUUAUUAGGCUCUCUCUCUCUCGCUCGGCCUCCUGCUCGGCCGGCUCUCUCAGGUGUGUCUACCUGUGGGACUGGCUGCCUGGCUGUCAGCCUCGCUCACUCGCUCGGCCUGAUCUGUGCGUCUCAGGUGGGCGGAGCUGUGGAGCGUGACAGCCUGCUUGAAUCAACAUUCAAACACACACACACCUGACAGCCGGCAGCUGCUGAGGAGGAGGAGGAGGAGGAGGAGAUCUAUUGAUGAUGAAGGUCUGCUGUGGUGUGGAGCUGGUUUGAAUUUGACGAAGGAGAAAUUGCAGAUUUCAUUUUAAAUAAUAAACAAAAACUGUCGAGUAAUUCUUAAAGGUUUAGUUUGUUUGUACAAAAAAGAGCAAAAAGUAGAAAAUAUUGAGCGGGAAAAGUCAGAAACCCACAAAGAUACCGCCUCUUAGAUAAGAGAAGAAACGAAUCGAAAAACCACAGAUUAUAUCUCGAUGUCUGAUGAUCAUUUUGAGUAACUUUCUGGAAAAAACGACCACUUUUUCUUUUUAUUUCCAGCCCUUCAGAGUCAAAAUAUCUUAAUUUCUAUCCUGUUUAGCGACCAGAAGCCGAAUAUCUUGAAGUUUUGGACCAAUAGAUCUAAUUUCCGUCAUCAAAAGUUGGUCUUUAUUGAUUAUUUCACUUGCUGCUUAACUUAGCGAUUGGCUAAAAUCAUCUACAACUUAAAGCUCCUGUGGGGAAUUUUCAGUUUGUGUCAGUUUUGGCGCCCCCUGUGGACAAAAACGUCAUUGUUUAUCCCAUCGUCUACCUGCUGACCUUUACGUAAAGUUUACAUGGACUUCGUAAAAACGAGGCUGUUUUUGACACCUACCCUCUCGUAUGAUUUUAGGGGUUAAAACUUUGACGUGAAAAUAUUCAGUCUUGUUGCUCUUGGAUAUCAUGAAAAGUCACCUGUAUAAAUUUCACGACCGUCCAAGAACUCCUCAAAGGAGCUUAAAACCACCUCUAAACGUUUGUUGGUCUGAAUAUAAAAGUUACUUCUUUUUAACUUUAUUGACGUUUAGUUGACAUUUUUUGUCUUUAAAAGAUUAUUUGUAAAGAUCUUUUAGCUCGUUGUUUUGUUUGAUGGCGGCACACCUUACCGAUUUUAGUUCCACUUAAGUCCAUUUUAAGCCUUUUUAAUUGUCAUUAAAGGACCUUAUGCUACGUCCGACAGCUACAGAAGAGGAUUAGGGCCAUAAGAAGGGUUUAAAAAAUUACAGGAGGGAGAUUUUUUUUAAUUUCCUUUUCGAGAUUAAAGUCAAAAUUUCGAGAUAAAAGUUGAAAUUUAAAAAAGUUGAAAUUUGGACUUUAUUCAUGUUGACUUUAAUCUCGACAUUUCAACCUUAAUCUUAAUUUUUUUUUUUUUAUUUAAAGAUUUCGACAUUAUUCAUGACAUUUCAACAUUUUGUUAUCUCAAAAAGUUGAAAUUUUUUAAUCUCGAAAUUUCAACUUUAAUUUAAAAAUUUUAAUGUUUUCAAUCUCAAAAUUUUGACAUCAUUCAUGACAUUUCAACAUUUUGUAAUCUUGAGUUAUAAAAAUUUUUUUUUAAAUUUUAAUUUUUUUUAAUCUUGAAAUUUCAACGUUAUUCACAACAUUUUGAUAUUUUGUAAUCUGGAAAUUUUGACUUUGUUGACAUAAUUUUGUUAUCAAAAUUUUGACUUUAGUCUCGAAAUUUCGACCUUAAUCUCCUUCCUGUCAUUAUUUUUUUCUCUUUAUGUGGCCCUAAUCCUCUUUCGUAGAUGAGCACAGUCUGCUUCAACAGCAAAUCUUUAUUUUUCUUUUUGACUUAAACUUCGCUGAAAUGAAGGUAAAUAUUGACCUUACAUCCAAAGAAACAUCUGUGGAAAAGUCUGAGAAGAAGACUUCACACACAGACGUUUGCUCCAGGCAGCGAAUGUUAAACUCGAACAGUAAACAUAUUCUUCAUGAGAGACGAGGAAACUUGUGUAAUAAUGACACGGUUUUCCAGAUUACAUCGAGCGGAUUUCUCUCUGUUACGUAACGUUUCUUCUCUUCAGGAGGAUGUGAAAUCUUCAUCAGAGCGUUAGCGUGAUGAUGAGACGCUCACUCACCGACAGCGUGGCGAUCUGUUUGUCAGAGUUUCACAACACUCAUUGAUAAGAGACGGAAAAAAAAGAGGUUUCCUGAUGGGUCAAAGUCUCCGAGUACAUGAGUGACUGAGUCUGAGUCCAAGAAUAACUGUAUUUGUCUGAACUUAUUUCCUGAAUUUGCUCAGAUUUUUACUCUUAAGUGUUUCCCCUGGUGGGUCAGACUCUCAGAACUUUUCUGAUUUUGCAAAAUCAAAGUAUUUGAUAUAAUUUAUCGUCAUUUUAAAGAAAUAAAAACCUGAUCUUUGUUUAAAGAUGCUGUAAGAUCAGAGAAUCAGCGGCUCGUGGAAAGUUUGGCGUGGUCUGAUGACUCACAGCUGAUAAAGUCUCGUUAAUUCAGUCUUUAUGGUUUGAUCGGUUAGUGAGGACUUGAUGGUCUGGGGCGGGAACCUUUCUUUAUUGAUUCUUAUCAGCUGUUAGUUUUGGAUUGGGUGUCAGUGGGUCUAACGAUGAUCUGGAUCCACGUCACUUUGAUACUGAAACCUGAAGACGUGAAGUUUGGUGGAAUUGGAAGAGUUGACGAGUUUCAUACUUAAGUGUUUUUAGUUUCAUAAGAUGGGAAGACGUCACUUCUGGACUUUCAACUUUUUAACCACAAAACAGAAAAACUUUUAACUUUUGAUUUAUCGUGAAAAUUGGAAGAACUUUCGUUAGGAUUUGGCUUUUUGUCUGGCUAUCAAACUUAUUAUUAUUAGUAGUAUUAGUAUUAUCCUAUUUACAGUUUUAACUUAUUUUUUAAUUUUCUAAUUUAUUUUUAUUUAUUUAUUUUUUACUAUAUUUUUAGUUAAACCUGAAAUACAAGAUAAACAAUGACAGAUACAAAAAAUCAUACAUACACAACACAAAAAUUAAAAAAAAAAAAAAAUUAGAUUUGAUCUGAACCACUUCCAUCAAUGUUUUUAAUGAUUGUAACAGUUGAUAAAGUGACUGUAUCGCAAAAAUUGAUGAAUAUUUUUUACAUUUAUUGAGUAAAAAAAUUAUAAAAGUGACAAAAUUUUGGACAAUAUUUGCUUAAUGCCUUUUAAUUAGGGGUUGACCUAUACUGUUUUUUUAUUAAUUAUAAUUAAUAAUUCAUGAGACCAAUUAAUGAUGUAUGGACCUGAUAUUUGUUUUAAAGUUGAAUAAAAAACUUUUCAUCAAAGUUUAAAGUUUUGAAAAUUACAAAAUUACAAACUCUGAUAGCGGUGGGAGAAAAAAUCGAUACAGCGUAGUAUCGCAAUAUUUUGUCUGGUGAUAUAUCGUAUCGCCUCAUUUACCAAGUAUCGAUUUUUAAAAUUAAUUGCUAAUGUGAAGUCAAAUGUAUGAUAAUUGAAAAAUAAAAUCAACUGUUUGUCCAGUGAGGUUUACAAGAUGUGCUACAUGACAAUAAAAUACAGCAAAAAUAAGACAAACACAAAGAAAAGCCAAAUGCUAAAUUAGCUUAAUAGUUGAAAAAGCUGUAUCGCAAUACUCACUGUACUGCAAAUUGUUAAAAAUCGCAAUUAUAUCGUAUCGUGAAAAUAUCGUGGGGCCACUGGUGAUUCCCAUCCUUUAAACUCUAACAGUGAACUUUUUUUUGACACCUGUGGAAAAUUUUUUUAUAAAAACUGAAACUUUUUUGACAACACAGUCAGCCAAUCAGAAGGUCCCGUGGGCGGGGCAUAUGGUUGAAAGACAACAGCUCAGUUGGAUUUGUAGUUUUGCUGAUUUUCAAGCAUAAUUUUGUCGAUGACUAUUUUUUCUUCUUUUUGAUUUUUUAUUUUUGUCCAAGUUUGAUCAAAUUAGUUAAUUAAAGACUCAACUUUAGGCUUUGGGAAACUAUAAUAUCAGAUUUCAUGGGUCAAUAACCGUCGAACUGAUAUAAGUUAAAGUAAAAAGUCGUCAUUCAGUCAGUUUUCGCUCUUGAAUCUAAAACCUUCAUGACAAAAAGCAGUUUCAGGGUUUUAACUCGAAGCUCCUCGAUCCUCCUCCGCGGCCUCAGAGUUGAUGUCUAACCGACCUUUGACCCUUUUUUGAUGAAGAAAAACAAGAGAAGAGGGGACUUCCUGCUUACUUGAUAAACUGUAACUCCAGCUGGGGAUCAGCCUGUAAGCUCCAGCUGAACUUUCCCGCGCUCCUCCGCUAAACCGCGCCGUGGUUAAUGUGUUUGUGCGACUCGCAGGUACAUCGAGGACUAAAUGGCAGAAAUUGCGGGGAAGCCUUCAGAAGGCGUGUCCGCAGAUCGUCCUGAUCAAACGCCAGGGAGUGUCCUCCUCUUCUUCUUCUCCUUCUUUGUAAUUUCAGCGGCUGCACCUUUUUCAGAGCUCCUGUUCUUACAGUCAAGGUUCCCGUCACAACAUAAUCACAGACUGAAACCCGACGAAGCUUCAGCUGAGAGGAUGAGUCAGGCUGUUAUCAGGCUGAAUCACUGCAGGUCAUUCGCUCUCUUCUUCUUCUUCUUCUUCUUCUUCUCCUUUUUUCUGGUUUGUUUACAUUCAUAUUUUUCACGGUCUGGAGUCACACUGUCCGUAAACCUGAACUAGAGUUUGUCACACUUCAGAUCUGUAUCCAGUCAGAUUAAGCAAGAGUUCAAGAUCGGCAUCAGAGUCCCGAGUUUGACUCAUGAUAACAUGACGUCAGAAACGUCUGAAUAUCUGAGGGAGGUUUGACAGAAAGUUAAAAAACAACAUUUAUCCUGAACCAAGAGUUAAACUCAGCUCUCAUCUUUAAUCACUGCUGUUCGUCCGCCUCUUUGUCUAUUUAUAACUUUCUGUCCACUAACGACCCCCAAAGGGACUAAUAAAGUUUGUUCACAGCCUGGUUCUUGUCGGCACACAGAUGAUUGUCUAACACGUGGACAGAUAAAGUUAAAAAGUUUGAGAGAGUUUUAAAGUUAGGAGAAAACUUUGGCUGAAGAUUUGGACUCUGAUGUUUUAGAGAAUGUCCUGAUGUUAGGGUAGUCUGCUGCAGUUUCCUCUUUUAUUGUGAUGAAAAAAAUGAGAUUAGGUAUUAUGAGAUACAAUAUGACAAGAUACGAGGAGAUACAGUAGCAUACCAAUACAAUAUAGUAAGAUAUGAUACAUGAUGAGAAGAUAUGAUAUAUGAUAAGAUGGGCAUGAUGCAAUAUGAUACAAUAUGAUACAAUAUGAUAUAUGAUAUGGAAUGAUAUGAUACAACAGGAUAUGAUGGCAUGACUAUACAAUAGUCUAAAAUUAGCUACAAUGUUAAAUAAUACAAUAUAAUGAAAUAAGCUACAAUGGAACACCAAUUAUGAUAAGAUAUGUUAUGAGAAGACAUGAUAUAUGAGAAGAUGGGCAUGACACAGUAUGAUACAUUAUGAUACGAUAUGGAAUGAUAUACCGAUACGAUACGAUAUGCUUCAAUUAGCUACAAUGUUAAAUAAUACAAUAUAAUGAAAUGAGCUACAAUGGAACAGUACGGUGCAAUGAGAUGAGGUACGAUGAGAGACCGUAAUGACGCAAUGCAAAACAAUGUGAUAUGAUGGGAUAACAUAUGACAUGAAACGAGGGGAUACAAUAGUAUACCAAAACAAUAAAAUUAGAUAUAAUACAUGAUGAGAAGAUAUGAUAUAUGAGGAGAUGGGCGUGGCACAAUAUGAUGCAAUACGAUACAUGAUAUGAUAUGGAAUGAUAUGAUACAACAGGAUGUGAUAAAAUACCUAUACAGUACAAUAUGCUUCAAUGUAAUAUGAUACAACAGUGUAGUGAAAUGAGCUACAAUGGAACACCAUUAUGAUAAGAUAUGUAAUGAGAACAUGGGCAUGACACAAUAUGAUGAAUUAUGUUACGAUAUGGAAUGACAUCAUACAACAGGAUAUGAUGACAUGCGUAUACAAUACGAUAUGCUACAUUAAGCUACAAUGUUAAAUGAUACAAUGUUAUAAAAUGAGCUACAAUGGAACAUUAUGGUGCAAUGAGAGACCUUCAUGACGUGAUGCAAUAUGAUGUUAUAUGAUAUGAUGAGAUAAGAUAUGAUAUGAUAUGAAGUGAUACAAUAGUAUACCAAUACAGUAUAAUAAGAUAUGAUUCGUGAUGAGGAGAUACUAUAUAUGAGAAUGUGGGAACAACACAAUAUGAUACAAUAUGAUACCUUUGGAAUGACAUGAUACAAUGGGAUAUGAUAACAAACCUAUACAAUACAAUACGCUACAAUUAGCAACAAUGUAUUGUGAUACAACAAUGUGAUGAAAUAAGCACCAAUGGAACACCAUUAUGAUAAGAUAUGAUAUAUGAGAAGGUGGACAUGACACAAUAUGAUACAUUAUGAUACAUUAUGAUACGAUACGUAAUGAUAUGAUGACAUACCUAUACAAUAUGAUACAGUUAGCUACAAUGUACAAUGAUACAAUAUAAUGGAAUGAGCUUCGAUGGAACACCAUCAUGAUAAGAUACGUUAUGAGAAGAUGAUAUAUGGUAUGAUAUGAGAUAAUAUGAUGUCAUAAUAUGAUUUCAUAGAAUGUGCGACAAUACAAAAUUGAUCAGUUAUUUUAUUUAUGAUACACAUAGAAACAGCGCCUCAGUGCCAUCCUGCUACACUUACAGAUCUGGGAGAGGAGAAAUAGAAAUGUGAUUAUUGAUCAAUGUCGGUGCAGACGUCGUAGGUUUAAGUUUAUUUUUAUGUUCAUUUCCAUCAAUAAAGCAGCACCAGUGGAUCUGAGCCGUCCUGUCAAUCAAUGCGGUGCAAAUCCCUAAUAACUUUAUCCUGAUCAGCCAGAGAGGGAGUCCCCUUUUCACUGUCUUUAUACAGAGGUUUUAGUUUGUUUAUGUGUCCUGACAGCCUGUUCGGUCUUUUCUCUCCUGAUUUAACCACUGCUACAAAAACUACAACAGUCCUCCUCCUGUUUUUUAAAGUUUAAACCCUCCCCUCUGGACUCGUACGCGGUCUUUCUAAAGAGUCUCGGGUCUACAUGGACUCGAAGAAGUUGUGGAAAAGUUUCUCAUGUGGAGUGACUCGACCCGUCACGUCAUGUUUCAGAGAGCUGAGCUAAACCAAACAGGAAACGUUCGAGAGUGGAGAGAUUCUCACAUGAUGCGGCUCUGCAAAGGUCGCUUUUCAGAACGCCGUGUUUGUGUUUCCUCCUCUCGCAGCUGUGACCUUUGACCCCUCGCACACACAGACAGAGCUUUUUUUUGUUUGGAUACUUGGACCCCACUUGUUAGUAAAAACAUGGAUCCCCCCGCAGCCUCGCUCACUUUCUCACUCGCGCACACAGUUUCCAAAGUCUGGUCCAAGUUUUUCACUGACCUCUCAGACUCGUCUCUCCCUCCCUCUCUCUCUCUCUCCGUGUCUCUGACCUGAAUACUCCGCUUAUCUCCCGUGUUGCUCCUACCAACACGUAACCCUCAGGUGUGUUCGUCCGCUCGCCGGCGCCUCUGUAUCAUCAGAGUCUUUAAAAAUGAGCCUAAUCAAACACAAACGGUGUCGUAACGUUCGCUGGAAACCUCUGAGACUAUUUUAGGAAAGUCUAAAAAUAAAAAGUUGAUCCUCAGGAGAAAGAGCAGCAGUCUGUGAAGAACGGAGUGGAAACACUGACCAACCUCGUGAAGAGGGAAAAAGGAGUUUUUGGAAAAUAUUACAGGAGGCUGAAAAAGUGACCAAUCAUGUUUGUAGUUUUUCUACGCCGACGACACCGGGACUUCUGUCUCAGGAUGCCCUCACUUCUAACUGGACCUUUUCAAGGUCAGCUGAUCACAGAUUCAGCCUCUGAUUGGUUCAUAGACCAAAACAAAGAUGGAAACGUCUGUCUAAAAGAAAGAACACAUUUUUCAUACUGAGGUUCUUUGCAUAACUUUGCCUUUUAGUUUAGUGAGUAUUAUCUUUGAAAUUCAGACUUUUACUUGUAGGAGAGUCUGAUUUUUAUAUAUAUUUUUUUACUGUUUACACACAUUUAUCUUUCGUGAGAUUGUGAAACUUUUGCUUGUAGGAAAGACUUUUUUUUUUCUGUUACUACAAAUUAAUUUCCUGUGAAAAAUUCAGACUUUUACCUGUAGAAAAGUCAGAAAUUUUUUUAUUGUUGCUACAAAUAAUUUCUCGUUCAAUAUUAAGACUUUUGUAGGUGAGUCUGAAAUUUUUUUUUACUGUCGCUACAAAAUAAUUUCUCGUAAAAAAUUCAGAAUUUUACACAUAGAAAGUCUGAAUUUUUUUUACUGUAGUUACAAAUUAAUUUUUCACAAAAUAUUUAGACUUUUACUUAUAGGAGAGUGUGAUUUUUUUAUUACUGUUGCUACAAAUUAAUUUCUCAUAAAAAAAUUCAGAGUUUUACUUGUAGAAAAGUCUAAAUUUUUUUUUUAAUGUUGCUGCAAAUUAAUUUUCUGUAAAAAAAAAAUCAGACCUUAGCUUGUAGGAAAGUGUUUUUUUUUUUUUUUUUACUGUUGCUACAAAUUGUUUUUUUUUUUUAAUUAAGCCUUUUACUUGUAGGAAAGUAAUUUUUUUAUGUUACUACAAAUUAAUUUCCCUUAAAAAAAAUCAGACUUUUACUUGCAGGAAAGUAAUUUUUUUUUACUGUUGCUACAAAUUAAUUUCUCAUAAGAUAUUCAGACUUUUACUUGUAGGAAAUUCUGAAUUUUUUUUUGUUUUUUACUGUUGCUACAAAUUGAUUUUUUUUUUUUAAAUUAAGCCUUUUACCUGUAGGAAAGUAAUUUUUUUUUACUGUUGCUACAAAUUAAUUUCCUGUAAAAAAUUCAGACUUUUACUUGUAGGAAAUUCUGAAUUUUUUCUAUGUUACUACAAAUUAAUUUCCUGUAAAAAAUUCAGACUUUUACUUGUAGGAAGGUCUGAAUUUUUUUUACUGUUGCUACAAAUUCAUUUCUCAUAAAAAAAGGAAGGUUAUUUUAUUUUUAGGCAACCAUAAUUUUUAGCUGAAACUGAAACCUCAAUCAUCCAGCUCUACCGAAGAGUUACCGAUCUUUACUGUAAAUCUUCCUGUCAUACUGUUCAGUUUUCAGAGGUAAUAUUGUAAACACAACAAUAUUAAAUCAAAUAAAACGUUGUCAGAUGGUCCCAUUUAUUCCAGAUGUAUUUCCAGUGAAAAGGCCUCUCUAGGGCUGAUAGUCAGUUAAAAAAAAGCUUUUGGGAGGUCAAAAAAAUGUCGUUUUUACUUCCCAGAUGUCUGUGGAGAUGAGAUUAAUGAUUCUAAUAAAGCGAUGUUUUGCCAUCUUGACUUGUGUGACACAAACUAGCUGUAACCGGUUCUCUCAUCUGGAUCUGGUUCCCAGUUCCCAUCCUUACAGAGGGUUUAAUUCGCUCUGUGCUCUUGAGUUUUGGUUAACGUCCUGAUUCGGUGACCCUGCCGGUCAGCUGUCCCACCGCUGUGUCGAAGUUAACGGAUGCUUUCCCAGCGAGCUCUCCUCUUCCUCCUCAACACUAACUUAUAUUCGACCUGUUUAUCUGGAUGUUUAAUAAUCUCUUUUUUGCUCUGGUUAAACAUGAACUUCUUUCUUAAUCUUUUACAGGUAACCCUCCUUUGCUCGCCUGUAACUGAUAGCAUUAACAUUCCCAGACUGGCAGUCCUCUGAAUCUGAUCCCACCUGCAGUCAAACAUUAACUGGAACUGGUUUUUUAAACUGGGAAACAGGAUUCUAGUUUUUACAGCUCUGCCUUUAAGUCCACAAAUCCAGAAUUUAGCUGCAGCAACAAAACCGACCUAAUGAAUAUUUAACGUCCUCCACUUCCCUUAAUGUUGUUUUUUUUUCAACCCAGCUGGACUUUGAGGCUGAAGUGUGUCCUCUGAGGUUUAUAUAAUCCCUGUACUGAAGUGGUUCUAAACCCAGAAGUUCCUCCUGGUCAAACCAACAGAGGACACGGAGUGACUUUUGGAGAAGCAGUGUAAUAAAUAUAGUAGUUAUUAGAUUAGAUAGAUGACUCCAUGUGUUCAAAGGUUCCUGUUAUAUAAGUCAAGUCCGUCUGUUGGAUUACAUAACACGCUUUUUAUAACGACUUAUGCACGUGACAUAAAUCCAUCACUAUCAAACGGAUCAUUUAAGUAUUUCAAUAGUUUAUCUCUUUAUGUAGAAUUUUGAUUUGACCGUCUUUCAUAUUUAAGCGAAUUCGUCCACCCGCACAGAUAUUUGACAAACGUCUGUUUUCUUUUGUGAAUAACUCGGGAACACGUCGUCCAAAUUUCUCUAAAUUUGGCACAACCAUUCCGAAGUGUUCAAAGAUAAACUGGUUUAAGUUUCAGGGUCAGAAACAGAGAUAUUUGUCCGCAGUUAUCUUCUGGUUAGGAUGAAGUACACUGAAAACAAAGUUGCUCACCGGUGUGUUUUUAGAGCCAAAGUUUCAGGACAACAUCGUACAAGUUUCUCUCUGUUGUUGGUUUGCUUGUCUUGGGGUUUGAGGAGCUUCAUGAUCGCGGUGUUAGUCCUGUUCAACUUCACGUGUCUUUUAGCGACAACCAGGCCUAGCUUCAUUGGUGGCCAAGUCAAAAAACCAAAUGUAAUUAUCGCCGUUGGUACUUUCCUUCAAGUUGAGGCUCUUAGAUUCAGAAAAUCAGAGGGUUGGUGUAGUGACUAUGCGGACCUGAAUUUUAGACACUGUCCGGGUGCGGGAGUGAGGUGUUUUUGACGCGCUUCGAGUACAAUCCAAUGUCUAACCCAAGGUUGUUGUUGAGUUAUAAUUUGGCUGUUUAUUGAUUAAAUGAAAAAAGAAAAAAAGACAGAUACGUCAAACUUACUACGAUGGUGUGGCUCGUGAUGAAACUGAGAGUGGUAUCAGAUUAGCGGUAAAAACUGUGUGCUCUUCCCGUCCCCCAGACCACUUCUUCACCUGUGUCCCUUUUGUAGCAUUUACCUGCUAAUUCACCUGAAGUGCCCCUUGUGGUGAUUGUGAGAGUAACAAAACAAACCCCCCCAAAAAACAAAGAUAAAAUCGCUCAUACAACUAGUUUUCUGCAUCGUCCAACUUUUCAGUCAUGACCUCCAAUCUGCUCGCCACUUGCGCUAAGCGGCGUUCCUGAUCAGAAACCUAAUCGUCCACGGAUGAGGCUUGCUAUUCCGCUUCAACAAAGGUCAAUUGUUAAUGACCUUUUAUUCUAAUGUCGCAUCAGUAACUUUAUGUAUGUACCUUCUCUAAUUUGGUCGUGUCCGGAGUCCUGACUUCCUGUUGUACCUCGUGUGGUCAUGUAUGUUCAACUUUGUUAUUGUCCUCAGUUCAGCUGGUCUUUCUACCUGGUUUUGUUGUCAUAUUAAGAUGUCGCUGGUUUAGAAAAACAGUUUUAAACUGAAUGUCCUAGCCGUGGUCAUGUGACGUCCCUAUUAGCAUUCCUACCACUAAAACAUUCAAAGCUCAAGCGAUGACUCGAAAAUAUUCAGUAUGUUAUCAGGGCAAAGUAGAGACCAGAGAGAGUUCAGAGUCCAGGACUCGGGGAUGCCCCCUUUUACUGGCUAACAUCACCACUUCAUUAUCAUAACUGAUAUCCUGACAGCCGGUUUACAGACUUCCUUAUUGGCUGGUCCAGAUGGAUUGAUUGGUUGGUAAUCGUACGCCUUAGUUUACGGUAAUUAUAGAUGAGUCACUUUCAUGUCAAGAGGUCAUUCAGAAGCUACCGGGAAACUGAGGCGGGUCCCAAUCAAUGAGAGAUAAUUCUCACAGACAAGAACUUUGACUUUGUGAUGUUCUCAAACCCGUAAACCAGAGUUUCAGAGAUGUUUCAGUCCCGACUGAAGCAGCUCUCUGACUGCUGCUGCUGCUAAAAAUAACUCCAGCGCUGAAGCUAAUGUGAGGGAGAGUUUAACCAGAAGUCACAUACCUGCCCGCGCUCUGAGGUGUCCGGGCGCAAUAGCUGUUGAAACAGGUCUUUGUAAUGGUUUCUGCCGCUGCGUUCGGGGUUGGAAGCGGACCUACUGCUCACAUGAUGAUUGCUCUGCGUUUCCUGUUUGGAAAGGAGCUUCACUGUGGCGUGGGAGAAAUGAGAUAAUGCUUUCAUUUGUGGCAUCAGUUUUCUGAUAACUCUCUUUGAGAAUAAACACACUUAACUUUUUUUAAAAUAUUGCUUAAGUCGGUUUGUUUGUUUGUUUGUUUCUGAGGGAUUCCUCACUCUCUCAUCUCCUCGUCUGUUUUCACUGCCUCUCUGUACCAGCCUGAAAGUAUCAUUAGACAGUCACCACUGUAUUUGCUGACAGGGUGUGGCAACAUUGUGGGCAACGCUGUGUGUCUCUUUGUGUGUGUGUGUCUGUACGUGUGUGUGUGUGUGUGUGUGUUGUUCUUUUUUUAGUUCAGGGAGGAAACUAAAGCAGCAUCCAAUCAUGCGCUUCUCUGGGUGUGAUAAUGAAAUGUUCCUUUAAAUAUUCUGUAGAGUUUGAGACCAGAGUGUGGGAGUCUGACAUAAUGAGUGCUUGUUGAGGCCACGAUGGCAACACUUGAAACGGUCCGUACCGACAUAGAGGAGCUGCCAUGAACUGAAUAAUGAUAAAUGUGAUAUCUGUUAAUGUUAUCUAUAUGGACACUCUAGCUAAAGGGUAACAGCGUCCUCAGAUACCCUCACCACUCCUCAUAAAGGUCUUAGUCCUCAUGGUGGGAUACCUACCUGGUUGUUUAGUAUGACCGGCUCUGAAACCAAAACAUGAUCGCUGGUAAGACGGUGUUUCUCAACCAUCUGCUCAGAUUUGAAACAGCUGACUCGGAUGAUGCAAACAUGAGAAUUGCGCCAGCUAGAGUGAUGGUUCUGAACCUGAAAAUCAAGAGUGUUCGAGCUCGGGAUGUCACUUUUUAUCUGACCUUCAAAAAGUUUGUUGUCGAACACAGUAGCUUUCGUAACCUGACCACUGACUGACGCUCUUGACCUCAGCAAAUGAAUACAGCGACUUAAUUCCGUGAAACUAAAGGGCAUAGACGCACUUUAAGUCCAACUCCGAUUGUUUAUUUUUACUAUUUUAAGUGUUCUCAGUGGUCUUUAAAUUGUUUUUAUGAAGUGUUUUGCCAAAAUCACGUUAGAGCUACAGUAGCUCAUUAGCAAUUCGCCUCUGAGUCGUGGGUGGAGACAACGCUGAUCUGCACACUCGUCUCCAUGCUAGCAUGUAGCCUAACUUUGCCGAUGUAGAAGAAGUGGCAGGUGAUGUUGUAAUAUCUUUAGGGACUUGAUGAAAGCUAACGUCACAGUUAGCUGUCUUGCGAGCAUUGCGAUCUGCUAACGCACACGCUUGUUCCGCGAUCAUCUGGCUAGCAUAGCGGGGCUCUGGGGGGCGGAGCUUUGAUUUGUGAUGUAGGAAAUCUCACUGAAUCUGAACUCAAGAUAUGUUCUGUAGCAUCAGAAAAAUGAACGUAUGAACAUGUGAGAAACAAGAAAAACGUGAUUUUCAUGACGGGCAAUCACUACACCAGAACAUCCAAGAAGAGCUAAACAGAGAAACCGUCAUCAUCAAAUUCGAUCUUUGCACAUCAUGUCAUGAGCUCAUUUAUUCCCGCCUUGAUUUCCCAGCUACCUUGGAUGUCGGAUGUCGGAGCUGGGAAUGACAUUACACCAGAGUUGACGACAAAACAGUAAACAAGUCAGAAAGCUAAGAUUGACGCCUAUUAUUAACCGUUGUUAGCUGUUGUUUACAAUUGUCAGCUGUUGUUAGCAGUUGUAAUCUGUUGUUAAAUGUUGUUAGUUGUUGUUAGCUCUUGUCAGCUGUUGUUAGCCAUUGUGAGCCGUUGCAGUUGUUGUUAACUGUUCUUAGUUAUUGUUAGCUGUUGUCAGUUGUUGUUAGCCAUUGUCAGCUGCUGUUAGCUGUUGUUAGUUAUUGUUAGCUGUUGUUAGCCGUUGUAAGCUGUUGUUAGCUGUUGUUAGCUGUUGUUAGCUGUUGUUAGUUAUUGUUAGCUGUUGUUAGCCGUUGUUACCCGUUGUAAGCUGCUGUUAGCUGUUGUCAGCUGUUGUUAGCUGUUGUUAGCCGUUGUUAGCUGUUGUUAGCCGUUGUCAGCUGUUGUUAGCUGUUGUUAGCUGUUGUUAGCUGUUGUUAGCUGUUGUCAGCUGUUGUUAGCUGUUGUUAGCCGUUGUCAGCUGCUGUUAGCUGUUGUUAGCUGUUGGUAGUUGUUGUUAGCUGCUGUUAGCUGUUGUUAGCUGUUGUCAGCUGUUAUUGGUUGUUGUUAGCUGUCACUAGCUGUUGUUAGUUUUUGUUAGUUGUUAGCUAUACUAGUUGUAAACAAUGCAGAACACAGUAUUUAACUCUUACCAACAUCAUAGCACCGUGUUCACAGUUAGACGUUGGGCUGUACAACAUAAACCACUUAUUUAAUUUCACAAAAACAAAACAAAAGUGCUGAUAAAUAAAACUUUACGAGAGCUUUGGCUGUUACUCUCUACUGUUGAUCGGGGUUGGUUAUCACCUGCUUGAUUCUGAUUGGUCAAACCCCUUGACAUUGAUUUGUAACUCGAGCAUGAGCAGCGGCAGAGACAGCAGAUCACACACACAAAUCACACACAAACACACACACGUCGUAUCAAAUCAAUCAGACACUUGUUGACACGGAGGCAAACACGCUAGUCUCCAUUAGCACGCUAAUAUGGUGGGAGCCGAGUCUGAGCCUGCAGGGAUUCUGAUUUCCAUAACUGUUUGUCAUGUAUUACAUGAUCGCUUACAUAACGGUGAAGGCCUUCGGGGGAACUGCCGAUGUUAUAACUUUAAGUAAUUAGCAUGUACGACAGAAACAACAACAACAACACGCCGAGUGUUACAUCAUACGAACUCAGACAGAAGAAAGGCGCCAUUUUUAUUAUUAUAUACCUAUUUAUUUACAUGUUUAUUUGACCCAAGACCCACAAUCAUCAUCAUCAUCUUGACUUUCUGCAGACUGGUUUGAUAUCACGUUUCCUUGGCAACACUAAGUGACUGUUGCUAUGGAGUUCUAACCAAUCAGACUCAAACUCAUGGCGCAGCUUUUCACGCUCACCUGAGGAGGAACUUUUUAUGUUAUUAUGAUGUUUAAAAUGAAAUAGUCGUUACUUUUUAAAGUUACAAACAUGCGGAGCGAUAAACGCGAUAAAAGUGCGUUUUUAUCUCCGGGGUGGAGACGGUAAAAUCGGCGUUUAAGUUAGAAUUCGUCUGACGUCUGUUCCCGUAAACUGAGCGGCUCUGGGUUUUUACAGCCGCUGCGGUGACAGUACAGGGUUUAGGAAAUGAAUGUAAGUCAGCGGAGAUAAAUUCAGUGUGUGUGUGUGUGUGUGUGUGUGUGUGUGUGUGUGUGUAGUCCAACAGCUGUGUGUGCAGUUCCUGUUAUCUUAAACUGUCAUGCUGGCUUCCUUCUGUGUUUUUAUGGGUUUUUGUGCGUGAGUGUGUGUGUGUGUGUGUGCGUGUGCGUCUGUGGUGACAACACUGCUGUCAUGUUGCAAUGUUUUUGUGUGUGUGUGUUCAUGCGUUUGUGUGUGUGUGUGUGAGGAAAUACGAGCUGAAGCUGUUGGAAAUGUGAUGGAAACGUUCUCAGCUGAAAAGCCUCAGAGUGAUUCUGUAAACAAGAACUUUUUAAAACUUUAUUUAAACUCUUUUAAAAGUGACUUUUAAUUAUUUUUAAUACAACUUUUAAUAAAUGGCUUCCUUGUCCACUCUCCUUGUCUCCUUUCCUUCCCUUUUCUCAGAGCUCUCAGGUCGAUCCAGAGGACUUGUUCACGAAGUUGGAUCGUAUCGGGAAAGGAUCUUUCGGAGAGGUUUGCGUCACUUUUUAUCCAAAUCCACGUCUCUCUCUUCUUCGUUUUCGUCCUUCUUUGUUUCAUCGGCGCUCUCGUUUUACCACCCCCAGGUGUUUAAAGGCAUCGAUAAUCGCACACAGAGCGUCGUCGCCAUCAAGACGAUCGACCUGGAGGAGGCGGAAGACGAGAUCGAGGACAUCCAGCAGGAGAUCACGGUGCUGAGUCAGUGCGACAGUCCGUACAUCACCAAGUACUACGGCUCCUACCUGAAGGUGAGACGCUUUUAUUUUGGAAUUUAAAGGUGUGCGCUACUUCCUGUUGAUUAAAAAGUUACCAAACUGAAUGAAAACGGCUAAAAUAGAAAAGACGAUCUCUCUUUUUUCCAGGGGAGUAAAUUAUGGAUCAUCAUGGAGUAUCUCGGCGGCGGUUCAGCGCUUGACUUGGUGAGUGUUUGUCGUCAGAUUUAUCGGAGAUCAACGAUCGUGAGUUUAUUGAUCGAAGUGAAAUGAUCUGACAGUUUAUGUAACUCUGUCGCCGCUCCACUUCACGCACUUGCUCAAUAUUUCUGUGUUGAGUCUUGUCUUGAAUGAAACUGAACAGGGUGUGUUCGAGCCGCAGGUUCAGCCUCUGGCAUGUCACUGAGUGUUUUAUAUCUGUGUCAUCGCUCCCUGUGCCUGUGUGUGUUUGUGUGUGUUUGUGAACACAUGAAUGUGUGUGUGUGUGUGUGUGUAGCUGCGGGCGGGUCCGUUCGAUGAAGCUCAGAUCGCCACCAUGUUGAAGGAGAUCCUGAAGGGACUGGACUACCUGCACUCCGAGAAGAAGAUCCACAGAGACAUUAAAGGUACAAGAACCGGUUCACCUUCACAGCUCCUGAUAAUCUAAAUCAAUCAGUGUUUUCUAUAAUGAUGUGCUCUGAAUUAAAAAAGAGAGAGUAAUAGUUCCCAAAUAAUCCUAACUGUCUGUUUUCUAUCAUAGAUGUGCUCUUAAUUUAUAAAGAGUAAGAGUUUUAGUUCCCAAAAUAAUCAGUACCAUCUGUUUUCUAUGAUAGAUGGGCACUGGAUUUAAAAAGAAAAUAAGAGUUUUAGUUCCCAAAUUAAAAGUACUGUCUGUUUACUAUCAUAGAUGUGCUUUGAAUUAAAAGAGUGAGAGUUUUAGUUCCCAAAAAAAUAGAUACCAUCUUUUUUCUAUGAUAGAUAGGUACUGUAUUUAAAAAGAGUAAAAGGUUUAGUUCCCAAAAAUAAUCCCUACUGUCAGUUUUCUAUUAUAGAUGUACUCUGAAUUAAGGGAAUAAGGAAUUUAAGUUCCCAAAAUAAUUAGUUGUGUCUGUUGUCUAUAAUAGAUGGGCUCUGACUUUAAAAAGAGUUAAAGAUUUAGUUCCCAAAAUAAUCAGUACUUUCUGUUUUUUAUUAUAGAUUGACUCUAAAUUUAAAGAGGAGGAGUUUCAGUUCCCAAAAUAAUCAGUAUCAUCUGUUUUCUAUAAUAGAUGGGCACUAAAUUUAAAAAUAAUUAGAGUUUUAGUUCCCGAAAUAAAAAGUAUUGUCUCUUUUCUAUAAUAGAUGGUACUCUAAAUAUAAAACGUAAGAGUAUUAGUUCCCAUUAUAAUCAGAACCAUCUGUUUUCUAUAAUAGAUGAGCACUGAAAUUAAAAGAGUAAUAGUUUAAGUUCCCAAAAUAAUCAGUUCCGUCUGUUUUCUGUAAUAGAUGAGCUCUGACUUUAAAAAAGAUUAGGAGUUUUUGUUCAGUACCGUUUGUUUUCUAUUAUAGUUAGGCAGUAAGUUUUAGUUCCCAAAAUAAUCAGUCAUCUGUUUUCGAUAAUAGAUGGACACUAAAUUUAAAAAUAGUGAGAGUUUAAGUUCCCAAUCUGUUUUCUAUAAAAGAUGGUACUCUGAAUUUAUAAAGAGUAAGAGUUUUAGUUCCCAAAACAAUUAGUGCUCUCUGUUUUCUAUAAUAGAUGGGCUUUUAAUUCAAAAAGAGUGUGAUUUUUAGUUCCCAAAAUAAUCUGUAUCGUCUGUUUUCUCUGCAGCCGCCAACGUCCUCUUGUCGGAACACGGUCAGGUGAAGCUGGCGGAUUUCGGCGUGGCGGGUCAGCUCACGGACACGCAGAUCAAAAGGGAAACCUUCGUUGGGACGCCGUUCUGGAUGGCUCCUGAGGUGAUCCAGCAGUCUGCCUACGACUCAAAGGUAACGCACCAGUUUACGAAAACAGAUUAACCAAUCACAGUAAUACCAUUAGCGACCUCAGUGUGGCAGUAUUCUCCAAAUGUACGAUAUUUUUUGACUCAUUUUAACUUCAAUAUCAACAAACUUUAUUUUUAUGGUAAAGAACAGAAGUAGCAGAAUUUACCGCAUCUUCUUAGACGAGACAAAGGCAUGCACAUAUUUUAUUUCUCACUAGCUAAGCACCUGAAAGAGGGUUAACAGGUGAAAUCAGAGGAAAUAUGAGGCAGUACUUCCUCUUAGGAGUCCUGUGGUGCUUCAAAAGCCUGAACUUUGACUGAUGUCCUGCUGAUAAUAUACAGCGUCCACGUCCAUGUAAUAUUCCUAAUCUAUCAUCAUCUUAAAAGUAUAAAAAUAAAAGGCAACAUUUCAAUUUUAACAUCAUGUUUUAUAAACUGUUUGCUACUUCAAGGCGACAAUUUAUUAUUUUUGAUUUAUUUGCAUUUUUAAACACAAAAAAUUCUAAAAAAGUUGCAUUUUUUGGGCCUUGAUUGGUCGGCAACUGGAGCAUCUGUUUUCUUCGAUUUUUGCGGAUGUCCUUUUCACUCGUUCAUCUUCCCUCCUUGUCAGUUUUUGACCACAAAAGUUACGUUUUUUGAGAGAUAAUAAUGUUAUUUUCGUUUUUUCGAACGCUAACAGAAACUCUUGGUUUUCCAGGGAUUAAUCCGAUUUAAUGAAAGUCGGAAUUACAUUUUUAAACAGUCCCUGGAUGUGGACUCUGCAGGUUUUCGGGUCUUGCUUGUUAAAGACUCGUCUGACUCAGUUUCCGCGGGUUUGCUUUUAUUCCUUCCCCGUGUUUGCGUAUCGCCGUAGCAACCCCCGCCUCUCCGACCCGCUGUUGUGUCAGGACUCUGAGGUUGUUUGCAUCAUCUCCAGAGUCUUCUCGGUUUUAUUUGCAUCUGAUCGAAAACACCGUCCUGCUCUCCCGCGUUCAGUAAGAAAACUCAGAGACGAUCUGACGCGGAGGAUGCCGGGUUCGACUCGUGUGUGUGUCGAUAAAAGGACAGAGACGUGCGCGCUCGCAGCUGCACCUGCUGCUUCUAAACAAAUCCGAUGCAAAGGCGGUUUUUAAAUCGUUGAGCGUGAUCCCCGUCUUUAUGAAUCCACAUAAUGAGCCGACGUCUCCGGGCUGCUUCUGUCUUUGUUUGUUUCCACACACAGCUGAGGAUGUUUUGGAAAUACUCACAUCCAUUAGGGCGUGUUUACCGCGGCUCCGUCUGCGGUUUGAUUUAUGUGAGUGCGCGAUUGUGCGUGCGUGUGCACAGAUUUGUGUGAAGUGCGUAACGCCGGCGAGGAUCAUUAUGUGGAGUGUUUCUUUCAUCCUCAGACAUCUACAUCUGUUUCUCUUCGUCUUUAGAAGGAGGUCGUCCUGUAACGUCUGAGUGGUUUUAACAGCAGAGAUCAUUUUCAGAGUCUGUUAGCAGUGAAACACAAACAACAGAGGAAACCGGAGAAGAAGAAAACAGCAGAUAUUGAGCCGAGAGGAUCGAGGGUUUCUCUCUGUGUGUUUUCAGGAACACCUCAAAGUUCUUAUUAAAGGACCUGUUAUAGUUCAGCUGAAAAA